CUACCCAGCACGGUUCUCAUUACCAAGUGACGAAAGGAGCAGGGUAGCGCGCCUUCUCUCUCCCUCGCUUAACAUUAUUGACCUCUCUGCGGCACAAAGGCGAUCGAUGCCGGGCCGUGAAAGCCACUUAUGCCCCGGCCAAGGUGUUCAGAGCUGAGUCGGUAAAAGAUGCCAUCCGUUACGUAAGGAAGACCCUCCACCGAUACAUCAAUGGCAUUCUCUCCGCAAUCUCCGACCGGGGCUGGCAGCGGAGAGGAAGACACACACAUCCAGUUAAAGCAAUCAGUGCUUAAAAUCUAAGUGCCCGUCUGGGCGGUGCUGUAAUGACUAUCGAGCGUUCGCAUCUGUCGAGGCAUUUCUUCAGGAGAGCUUGGCACUAGACCGUCCGUUCCCAUUCAUUUCCGCUACGGAGCAUCUCGCACCACGCGAGGUCCAGCGCAUCGCCCGUGAUAACCCACCUUUCCUCGGCCCCAGAAGAGGAAAGAAGCCACGCCAACCAGUGAAACAAAACCAGGAACUAGAAAUUUAGACCAAAGACCGGUUGUUUUGUAGGCCGGGAUUGCAGAUCAGCGAGCCCGGUUCGACCAGAAUCAUGGGGCGAAUGACGAGACUUGCCCCCUUCACCCUUGCCGCACUGUUCCUGGCAGCAACAACAUGCAUCCACGGGCAGUCUAUGGAGCCUCAGGAGUACGAGCUGGUAACCCACCUGCUGCAGGAUUACUUCCCGCUGGUCCGGCCCGUGGCCAACCAUCGUGACGUCAUCGACGUCUUCAUGGACAUGACUUUGGUAGAAAUUGUCAAUAUGGACGAGGAAAACCAGAUCAUGGUGACCAGCGUGAGGAUGUAUCAACAAUGGAGAGAUGUGAACCUUCAGUGGGACCCCAAGAACUUUUACAAUAUCACCCAGAUCACUCUUCCGUCUACAGCUAUCUGGAAACCCGACAUCGUUUUAUAUAAUAACGCCAACGACAACCUUGAGGGCGGUAUCCGACAGACACGCGCCCUGGUCGAUUCCGACGGUACGGUCACGUGGAAGACACUGGCCAUUCUCAUGAGCGCCUGCGAGAUGAACCCGCUCUUCUUCCCCUUCGACAUCCAGAACUGCUCGCUCAAGUUCGGCUCCUGGACCUUUCACGGGGAUCAGAUCAACCUGCAGCUGAAUGUCACAUCGGCUGACACCUCAAUGUUCCAAGUCAAUGGAGAAUGGGACUUGAUCGGAAUGCCUGCCACCCGCGAGGUCAGCUACUACCCGUGCUGUCCCGAGCACGCCUACCCGAUCGUCACCUUCUACGUGCUACUGGAACGCCGCUCCCUGUUCUACAUGGUCAACCUGGUGCUGCCCUGCGUGCUGAUCGCCUCCAUUGUGCUGUUGGGCUUUUUCCUGCCGUCCGACGCGGGCGAGAAGAUCACGCUGACCAUCACCAUCCUGCUGGCGUUGACAGUGUUCUUGCUGCUGGUGUCCGAGACUAUCCCGCCGACGUCCGAGGUCAUUCCCCUGAUCGGGCAAUUCUACGCCUCUAUCAUCGUGUUGGUCGGCAUAUGUGCUGCCCUCACUGUUAUUGUUUUAAGCAUCCAUCAUCGGGGGGAUAGCACGCACGUCCCCCGCUGGGUCCACACUCUCUUCCUGGUCAAGCUGGCCACCUUGCUCCGAGUCCGCAACCAGAUCUCACAAUCGUCCAUGGAGUUGGAACUGCACGGGCCGUCCGAGGCGGACGUGAGUAGUGUGUCGCCGCGAGGGGGCGUCCUCAACCCGAUCUUUGAAGGGGACGACGGCAUCGAGGAGCAACACCAGCAGCAGGACGACGGUGCCGAGCGUAGACGGAGCCUCGCGGAGAAAGAAGGAUCGGCGAUGGAGCGACAGCUCUCCACGGGGGGAGACAGCAGUAUCAUCGAGCAAUACAUCACGUCCAUUUCCAAGAACGUUUCGUAUUUUGUGCGGCAAGGGCGCGAAGAGGACAAGAGCCAGAAGAUUGCCACAGAGUGGCAGGAGGUCGCCAUGGUGCUGGAUCGGCUAUUCAUGGUCGUCUUCACGUUUCUCAUCGCGUUGGUGGCUCUGUCCACACUGCUUGCUGCUGCUUUGCGGGUUCCUCUAUUGUAGCGGGAAAAGGUCUUCCUUCACCCCAUAAACUUGUCUUUCUUCAUGGUGCCCUUUUCAUUUUGAGACAAUUUGCAGAACGUAAUAGUAAUUGCACGCUGACAAAAACAGAGAAGUUUAUUUCAAUAUGUAGCCGUUAUCCGGAGGUCCUACACUAUCAGACGAGAUGUCAUACUACGACUCAAAGCAGGCUCGCGCUGCCCCGUCUCAGCUCAUUCUCAUUUGCUGACGCAACUGACGAAAAAUUCCCGCCUUUUUUCCAGACGCUGUCAAUCUGUAUUUGAUAAAUACUUCUCGUUAACAUUAUACACUGACUUAACCCGUCCUGGUUUGGCAGUACGUUCCUUUUUUCAGUGGCAGGUACAUGUAUACAUGUUAAGUACUGUACUAUGCUUGACGUUGAUGUAGUCUUUUUCAUACACUUGUUAGCAGUUGACUGCAUUUGUGAGUGUCGAAUCAUUUUCGUUUGAUUGAUUGUUAGAUGUAGGGGCAGGUCCUCGCUCAUUGGCUUUUCCCGUAAUUAAAAAUUAAUAUGAGCAGUACUGAAUAACGAUAAUUUAAUGAUAUUUUAAUCACAGUUAGCUUACCAUUAUGUUACAGGAUAUUAACCCAAAUAAUAUUAGUUAUUGUUCAAAAUACAGAAACACUGCUCGCAUGAGAGAAAACAGCUCCCGUUGAGCUGGUAACGGCUGACUACUUUUAAUAACAAACUAAUGUGAAGGUAGAACCGUGCAAGGUCAGCAUUCCUGCGCUCGCUGGAGGGCCACCGCAAAAUCUACCCGACGGUGCUCAAUCGAGGUAAUCGUCAUCACGCGCUCGGAGACGAUGGGUGCAAGCGAACGCCACUUAUAGAAAAGGUGCAGUUGGAUAGCUGCAGAUCAAGGUGGUGGGAGAUCCAACGAAAAUAUUCUCAGGAGACACAACGUGACGUUGCAGGUGUAAGAACGAUGUCACAGACGCACCAGAAAUGGAUCAAUUUCUGCUUGUAAAUGAACUUGACGAAAAUUGAUGGGGGAGGGGGUUAAAAGUUGAACCACUGUGAUACACUUAAACACUGUCUUCAGAUUGUAAGAGCAUGGAAAUUUGCCUAUACAACUAAACAGUCUUCAAAGAUGUACGUUGCAUCCGUUUUAAAGUGUUUAGCUAUACAUCAUAGAUCAAUUAUUUAAAUAUUUAUUAUGUAAAAAAUUACUCAAGUGUAUAAAAAUAUGUGUUUUCUGUAUGUUCGUUUGUUUGUUUUACGUGAACGUUGUUGACUGUCAUUCUGUUUUAUCGAACCUAUAUCUUUUUAUUGUAUCAAUGUAAAGAAAAAUUAUCUAACUGUUGUUAU